CUGUAUGCACAAAAAAGAUCCAUCAUUCCAAAUUGCCAUGGUGGAGCAAUCAUAACUUCAGCAUUUCCGUGCAACUUGUAAUGCAUUGCAACACUUGAGACUGCAAUGCCGAGUGCAACACCCAGUGCCCUAAGCUGUGCUUGUGCCUACCACUAAGACCUUGGCUUUUGGUCUCGUAAAUGUGGUGCAAGUAGGGUUGCUGUGCUCGCAUCUGCGUGUGCACAGCAACCUCUACCAGGUGCAUGUGCAACAUGGUAUGUGAUAUGAGUGUGUGAACAGUGGUGAACACCUCGGUCUGCAGCAUACCUAAAGUACGAUCACGACUGCGCGUGCGUGGAAUACCGGAACUGCUAUGGUUGCGUGUUCGCGUUCUUCUGAUGGCAAGAAAUGAACGGUUAAAUAGCGCAUUCGGCGGCGGCCACGCGUUGAUGAUGAACCUCUAUCGUGGCUAGAAUCGGGCGGUAGUCGGUAGCUAAAGAAACUUUUUUUGAAAAUGAGAAACGCAAAUUAAAAUGCACCGAAUGUUGCAUCCGAAACUGUCCUCUUCCACUUCCCACACUGCGCUGUGAUUGGUGAAUAAUAAUCGACUACGUAAACAAGAAUGGACAAGACAACAUUCAGAAUUAUUGAAACCUCUUGCGGGCUGUGCUGGCCGUCGCGCAAUCCGGUGCAGUGCACAUCAUUGGUUUCGGCUGAAGUGAAGGUUGGAACUCGCUCUGCUCCUCAUUAUUUCUACGGCGAUAGAAGUGCCGUCUGAAGCAUUAUUUUCUGCAUUUCGGUACAUAAACUUCGGUUUCCUUCCGAGUAGCCAGUCCGCUGCCGUGGGUAUGUGGCAUCAUAUAGUUGGGGAAAAUGUGGACGAAGAAGAAGGAGGCAGGAAGAGGUAUGGUUCCCAGGCGCAUCUGGGCCGGUUAGUCAGCUCGCUCAAUGACAUACUAAGAGGGCCCACAUAAUACCUAUAAACAUUUGGAGGGCCCGUCACGCACAUGCUGCGGCUGUUGUGGUCGCGAUGAGCCCCCUUGAUUCUGCAUAACCGGUGCGAUAACUCGUCGCCUACCUCGCGCUUGCCGGCGAUGGCAUCGACGGCGCAGACGCGCAAGAGGCGCGACGGCGACUCUUCGUCGACACCGUCCAGCAGCAGCAGCACUUCGGACAGCACGUCUACGACCAUGUUCGACGUGACCAAGGCUGCAUUCACGAUGACAACGACUUCGGAAGAGGACGAAAGCAGCCGUCAGGUUGUCCAAGGAUCCAGCUCUGAAAUUCAGGUGAACGUGCAGCAGGACCCUGCGGCUAUGGGUGUCACCUCCCAGUCACUUCCAGGACCAUCGGCAUUCAAUGUGUUUUUGCCCAUGGGGCGUUCUGUGCCAGUUAUGUUCACUGACCAGGGAAUUUGUAUUCCUGGCUACAAUGCUCCCGUGGCUGCAGUGGAAACUGAAGAGGAGGUAACCACUUCCACAACCACUACAGAGCAGCAGCAGCAACAAGCGCAAGGUGCUCCUGUAGCUGGCAUUUUCCAGUUACUUCCUGCUGGGUCCUACUUGCCUACGUUUGUAAACAUGGAACAGCUAGAAGAUGAAGAAAAAGAGUGUGAUGAGGACGAGAAGCCAACGGAAGAAUAUGAUGAGGUGCCCGAAGAAGAAGGACCACCAGUUGGCAUUGUCGAGGCUACUGUUCACGAGCGAGAAAUGUUUGUUCAAAUGCAGGGGCCGCUGCAGGGAGAGACAGCAGGCACAAUAGGUUGGCCACAACUGGCACCACCGCUGACCUUUCCAUCCCUACUGAUGCCACCGCCAAUGUCCCCACCGAUGUCACCACCUGCGCCACAAACAGGGCCGCCACCAAUGUAUGCCAGUAUGCAAGCAGCUCAGAGCUACAUACCGCAGCAGUACGGCAUGCUUCCACCCUUUGGAUGGCAAGCACAGAUGAUGCAGAGUCAAGACUUAGCUCAGGCUUAUGGGCAGUCGUUUGGCAUGGCGCCACAGUGGCCAGCAUAUCAGCCAUUUUGGCCAGGAAUGCCGUGGCAGUUGGGGCAGUCGCAGUGGUUGCAGAGCCAAUACAUGCAAGAGGGUUCCCAAAUGGUUCAGCAGCAGCAGCAACAGCAGCCCCCGCGGGAGCCCCAACAGGAGCUUAUUACAGACCAGCUGCAGCAAGAUAUUCUUUUGUCACGCAAGAGAGGUCAAUCACCGAUACAUUUCUCAGGGAGGGUUCGCAGUAUGUCAUUACCUGGCCGAAUAUCUGAGCAGGUGCUCCCUUCACAGACAACAUCUCUGACAGAAGUAGAGGUACAAGCGCAUCUUGGUCCACUCCCUUGCACAGUUCACCGAGUUCUGUCGACACAGACCUCGCUGCAACAUAUUCAACGAGGAUCUAGAUGUGUAAGCACAGAAUCAGUGACGUAUGUGGAUACUACUGAAAAGCUGCCUGGAAAGGAGGGCAGAGUUGAGGUCUCCCAAGUGAUACAUGUGUCAUCUGGCCAGCUGACUACAGACACUACACAUAUUACACAGGCAACAUUGAGAACAGAGACCUGUCCGACAAUACAAGAGCUUCAAAGUAAAAAGGUACUGCUUGGACAUCAUGCAGCUGAUGUGCAUGCGGACGCUCCCUGUGUGACAUAUGGAACACAAACUGUUCAAAAGUCUAUGGGACCAGCUGAUGUUGCAUUUGGCCAGCAAACUUCUGAGCAGCCUUGCCAGUUUUCCAGUGCACCACCAACUGAAGUUUGCAGGUGAAACACGCAGUGUGACACGUCAGUAUCAUAUUGGUCAAAUGCCUCUUGAUGCCUCACAUGCUAGAGUAGAAGUACAAGUUGUGGAAGAAGCCUCUGAAGUUGAUAGUAAAGCACGUGGAGUACAAGCAACUCAAGUAUGUGACCAACCACCAUGUGCGAUGGCUAGAGCAAGAGUUAUCCAAGGACAUGCAGAAGCACGGCCGCCAGCUGUUGGUAUACAAGUUGUUCAGCAGCCGAAUAUGCCACCGCAUGUAGCAGUUGAAGUGCAAGCCGGUGGAGGAGCAGUUGAGCCAAGUCAUGUAGUGUCUAGAAUGCACACUAUGCUGAAACCAGAGGAACUGGCACCUUCUGUGGCCUUUGCAGUGCAGACAACUAAGCACUCUGAGACUUCUACAGUAAAUAAAUUAACAGCUCUCAAAAAGAUCGUUUCAGAACCCCAUGCUACUCUGGCAGUGCAAACUACAAACAUUUCCUCACAAGAGGAGUGUAGAGGGCAAAGGCUUGAACCACAUCGUGUGUCUCGGGGAGCUCAGGUAACCUCUGUAAUUAGUGCUGCUGGAACUUCCUGUGCAGAUGGAAUGACGCAGAUUUCAACAAGCCCACUGCAGGUGUUUGUUUCUGGGGUGCCAUACCAACAGACAGGAAAUCAAGCAGUUCAAACAUUGUCCUUUGAAUCUGUGACUGCAGUAUCUGGCCAUGCCAUGCAGACAAUUUCAGUCGGGCAACACACUGAAGGGAUUCAGACUGACAUGCUCACCCAUUCAACUUCUGUUCCUCCACUAAUUGUUGGCUUGAAUCCUCAGCAGCAACGAGAUUUCAGUGCACAGCAUGGGGGUGUUUUCCUGCCUUCUCAAGAUUCGCUAGUGGUGCCUGAAAGACCACGUUGUGAUAUUGAGGUACAGUGCAACUAUGAGCCCUUUGUCAACACUACAACAAGCAUUGCCGCAGUGAAGGUAGAGCAGAAGUAUGAGCCUUUUGAUGGAUGUCAAGAAGCCUUUGUUCAGUGCAAUUAUGAACCCUUUGAUGGAGUAGCUAAAGGUAUUAUUUCAACUCCUCCAAGACCUUUGCAUGAUAUUGAAGUGCAAUUUGGGCAUGACCCUGUUAAAGACUUCACAAAGGACAUUCAAUCUCAUUCUGAGCGGCCAGUACAUGACUUUGGCACACAAUGUGUAUACGAACCUGACAGAGUGAUGACAAGGACCGUUUUCAGAGCUGAAAGACGGCCUAUGCACGAUUUUGAGCAGCAGCAUAAUUAUGGUCAGGUGGACUGGCCUGCAAGAGAUGUUUACACAGCUCAGGAGAGGCCAGUGCAAGACAUUGAGCAGCAACAUGUUUAUGAUCAGAAAAACUGGAGCGCAAAAGGCACCUAUGCUGUCCAAAGCACAGGCAAUGCAAGACUUUGGAGUGCAGCAUGAUGUUCCCGUCACUAUGUCCCCACCACCCACAGCAGCGCAAGUCUUAUAUGGAAUGGUAGGCAUGGGUGUCGGCGACAGUAGGCCACAGAGUGUUGUUGAAAGCCAUCGCAGAUUUCCUCAGAGACCUGUGUCCCGCGUCCGCUCAAGGCCGUCAAUGAGCAGCUGUGCAUCGUCUGUUUUUAUGUUUGGCAAUUUAGAGCUUCCUUGCAUGACAAAUGCUGGCACCCAAGCUGGCGAGAUGGGUCGCCACCGUCUGUCACCAACAUUUGCUGUCUCAGCUCCAAGAGCGGAGACAGCUUCGUACCCAUGCAUUGCUGUCUGCUCAAGGAACACUGUGAAUCAUUCCUGCACCCUGAACAUAAGCAGCUAUCCAGGGCGCCUUUCUCAAACUGCUCAGACAAGGGACGCAAUCUUUCAGACAGAGGAACCAGUUGCAGUCAGGGCUCCUACCGUAGAUGCAAGAUCCCGGUCGCUCUCUAGGGAACCUGCUAUAAGAACACCACUUAGAGAGGCAGCUGUGCAAACUUUUGCGGAGCCUCCAGCACCACGUACCACAUCGCCACCCUCGUCACCUUCGUACCAUCCGGGCCCAUUUGGAAUGUCCCCGUUGAGCUCUUCACGAUGCACCUCACCUGCUCGAGAUGCAGGUCUCCAAACUGAGGGAUUUGCUGAUGUGCGUAAAAGUCUAGCUGGAGGGCCUUUCCAACAUGAUGAGCUUGUUGGGCAACUGGCGCAAGCUACUGGAAGUCUCGGACAUGACAUAAUGAUCCAGGCGGGUUCUCGGGUGCCAGCUGCUGGUCGUGCCUGGGGUCCCUCAAAAGCUCAGUACACCAGUGCAGGCAGCAGCGGCAGCAACUGUGACAGAAGUGUACCCGUGUGGCCAUUUGCCCCAAGUGUUGCAGAUGCGAGAGACACCUCCAAGCCCUCCCCCGCUUUCACCACCGCCUCACUCGCCACCUCCAUGCCCCUGUUUAGCAGGCCAUGGUUGGGCCCCAGUUGUGGUGGAACACAAAAUUGGCAUUGGUGGAAACUUGGUGGCACCGCACCUGGCGCUGAGGAAGCAGCAAGGCCUGACUCCCGGGCAGCCUGAUCUGGACGAAAAGGGCACUUCCGAGGGGCCCUUUGCAGGGCCGGUGUGGGGCUCAGCUGAUGGCGAGCAAGAGUAUGGGGACCAGGGCAGUUCGCCGGUUGAACAGUCUUCGGGAGUAGGCGAGUACUCGGCAACUGGUGCAGUCCUUGGGGCUGCCGGUCUUGUGCCAGAUGCCUCGGGUGUCCCAGGCACGGUCAGGAGAUCAUCUAUUGAAACAACUAGCAAUGUGACAAGAUCGACAAAAGUGGCUGCCAUACUGCCUGAGGUUACCGUGGCCUGUUUUCUUCUGGCCUUACUAUUGGUACUGGUUGCAUCAGCUGCUCUUCUUUCUUGGACAACACGUCGACAUGCCCGUAUUGCUCUUGCAGGACAAACUACCAAAAAGGCUCUACAUCCCAGCAAUGCGACAUACAUCAUACCACCAUUCAGCAUUCUUCCACACGAUCGUCCUCUGCAAACCAUCGACUCGAGUCUGCAUGUGACGAUUACGACCGGCACUGGGAAUCACACCUCACAUGGACCUCCAUAUACUGGUUCAACAAUACCUGGCCCAGGUUCCUAUGAACUCUGCACCACUGAGUUUUGCACAAAAGAAGGCAAGUUACUUUUUUUUUUCUGAAUGCAAGUGCAUUGUAAUGUCCUUGUUUGUUAAAUGUCCUUGUCAAAGCACUGCUGUAGAUGUGUCCAAAGAAUAAUAAAUCAAUCAAUCAAUUAAUGACAUGUUAUCUUUAUAUAGGCAGGACCCCAGAACAACUUUCAAAGGUUGUGGCAAGGGUCCGUUUUUUUUAACAUCAGUGAAUACUAGUGAAUUACAAGGCAAAAAAUACAAACAUUACAAUAGCUUUGUUACAAAUACAUUCAAAACUUUUUUUGUUAAUAUCGUUAAUAUUGCAAGUAUAGGUAGAUGAUCGUGAACAAGUUGCUUAUAGAAAUAAAAUGAUGUGGAUGAUGUGAUGCUAUACGGUAAAGUAUUCCACAGUUUGGCAGCAAUAUAAGAAAGUGAAUAGUAUAAUCCAUAGUUAGUCCUUAUGUAGGGUAUGCCUAAUGACACAGUUGAGGUAGAACGUAGUGAAUAUGUGGGCUUUUGAUAGGUUAACAUUAUUGAUGGGGAUAGAUCAGCGUUGUGUAAAAUUUUGUAAGCAAGUAGUAAAACACGAUAAUUGAUGCGAACUGUUAUGGGUUGUAUGUUUAGUAAUCCAUAUGCAUAUGAAACAAUCUGUUUUUUGUAUAAAAAGUAGAGCACGUAGUGCUGUGUUCUGUGUGCUACUUUAAGGGGUUUCAGUGUUGUCUCGUAGGUUAAUUUGUAAAUUGCUAUAGCGUAUGUAAUGUGUGAAUGUAUGAAAGAAUAAUUAAUGUUAACAAUAUCUUCAAUGGGAAAAUGUAACGUAACCUGUAGAGUAUAGGUGUUUUCCUGUAAAUCUUAAGCGUUGUUUCGUGAACGUGUGUGUGUCUUGAAAGCUGUGCAUCCAAGUGGACGCCGAGAAAUUUUGUAUUACGGACUCUUUCUAAUGGUGUGUCAUUCAUUACAAGCGAGUUAUUAGACCUAAAAUGAGUGUUUUUAGGGGCAAAGAUAACGUAGUUACUUUUAGCAGUGUUAGCGCGAAGUUUAUUAGCAUGAAGCCGGAUUGAUAACUCUUUUUAGGGCUGUUCUGGCUUUGUCAUAUAGUUCAUUUUCGUUUCUCGCGGUUAUAAGCAUGUUAGUAUCGUCUGCGUAAAGGAUACAUUCUUCACGUAUAACCGAUGGUAGAUCAUUUAUGUAAGGUAAAAACAAAAGUGGCCCUAGAAUUGAUCCUUGCGGAACACCGCUAUUCAUUGUACAUCGUGAUGAUGACACACCGUUUACAUGUACGUAUUGCUCUCUGUUAGUUAUAUAGUUAGACAAGAGCGUCAGCACCCUCCCGCGUACACCGUAGUGUUUUAAUUUGGUUAGCAAUAUCUCAUAAUUAAGCAUGUCGAACGCUUUCAUGAGGUCAACGAAAAUACCUAUUGUAAGUAAUUUAUUUUCUAUAUUUAAUUUUGUUUUUUCAACUAUAUUAAGUAGGGCAUGCUCUAUUGAUUUUCCCGUCCUGUAGCCGUAUUGCUCAGGUGUGUAUAAACUAUGUUUCUUGAAAAAAUUAUUUAGUCUCUGAUACAGUGCCCUUUUCAACAAUUUUGGCAAAUGCUGAAAGAAUGGCGAUUGGUCGGUAAUUCGAGAGUUUCAUCUUGCUAUCUUUUUUAAAGACCGGAAUUAUUUUAGCGACCAUUAAUUUCGAAGGAAACCAUCCAGUUUCAAAGAUAUCAUUGAUAACAUGUGUUAAGGGUUGAGCUAAAAGUGUAGAUAAGUUCUUUAUAAGUUCAACUGAGAUGCCGUCGUCACCUAUUGACUUCGUGUUUUUCAGUCCAAGAAUAAUUUUUAGAAUUUCAUCAUCAGUUGUAGGGUGCAGGAAAAAUUAAUUUAAAUUCUUCGCGCUAGGAAGGCAAGUACAUGUGUUGUUGCAAAAAAUUGUGUUGUUGGUAGUACCUAGAUUAGCAAAGUGAUCAUUAAAAGCAUUGCUUAUAGCGGUAUUACUAGUUAUAAAGGUAACUUCAUCAAUAAUUCCUGGUGCAUUGCUAUUUGUCUUUCUUUUAUUGAGAGCUUCAUCAAUAACUUUCCAUGUUGCCUUACUGUCAUUAUUUGCUUGCGUUAAUUUUGAAUUGAAGUAGUUAUGUUUUGAAAUUUCCAAAAGUUUAAUAAGGUGGUUGUUGUAACGCUGUAAAGCUUCGAGGUUAACGUUAUGCGGUUGUCACUUUAACAUUUUAUACAUGUUAUUCUUAUGAUUAAUGGAGCGCAAAAGGCCAGUAGUUAUCCAUUGUUUGUGUUUGUAAUUGUAAUAACUGUGAUAGUGGUCUCUCCAACCAUCAUGUGACGUCGCAUAAUGUUUAUAAAUGCAUUAUAU